AUGUUAGUCGCUUUGAUUGGUCUCACGCUGCUGCUCCAAGUGAACUCGAUUGCAGGACAGGGCUAUCAAGUAUUUGGAUCCGGCGAUGUACAGGUUAUCUAUCCAUCCUCCGGUCAGGUUCAGGUGUUAGGUGGCAGACCUUUUCGUCGCGGAUUGUGGGAUAUUGUGAGGAAUCUCACGAUCACUGCAAAUGCAACAAGUCAGGAUGACCAACUUGUCAGUCUAUUGGGCAACGGAAAUAUAGCACUCUCAGCUAACCAGAAUGCCGGGAACGGAAAUGGUCCUCUUCGGAAUCUUUUGAGAACCCUGUUUGGCCGCCAGCCAAAUGUACAAUAUGUGAACCUGAGUGGCAGAGCCUUCAAUAGUCGCCCCCAGGAGCCACAGUACUGGAAUGGCUUUCAGCCCUAUGUCAGCCCAGUGCUUUUGCCUCGCGCACGAGUUAAGGUUAUGCGACAAGGUGUCCCACGCCGGAUUUUGGUACGGAACCUCAAGACCAGCCAAUCCCAAAUGACCAAUGUGGUAACUUACAGAAUUCCCGUUUUAGAGAACGACUGGCAGUACGAAACCACAUAUACGGAAUAA